AUGCUCUGCUGUUUUGUUCCGAUGACCAGACGAUGGCAAGAUUCGUCCAGCAUGUCGGACACACCUCUCACGGAUCGGUACUUUGGCACGACGCCGCCAGCCAUUUCCAAGGCGCUGUGCAAGAAGGCGUGGGAGCACAACGAGGACCUCACACGUGCCGAGCGAUGGUUGUUCCUCUGUCAGGGUACCGAGGACGGGCAGUUCCUCGCCGACGCCGCGCGCUCCGACGAGCAGAUCAACUACGCCCUUGGCCGUCCCCCGCCCUUCGUGUUGCUGGAGAACAUCCAGAUGACCGUCGGCGACAAGUACACCAGCGUCGCGGACGUGGUCCGCGACUUCUGGAAUCCAGACCGCACGGCAGACCUCAACUUUUAUGCCCACGAGUGUGUCUGGCUCGUCUGGUGGACGCUGCACACCGCCGCCAUCUACAGCCGGGACACGCCCAAGGACGUGAGCCCGGGCCUUGUUGACGCGGCCGGCCGCCUCGCGAGGAAGCUGCGCCCGGAGGAGUGGGCGAUGGAGGAGGCAAUGCGCGAUCGCUGGAUGAAGAACGAGGUCGAAUGCCCUAGCCUGACCCAAGAGGACGACGUCUUCACAAGGCAGGAGGCGAGCAAGAACCACGAGGGCUGGUGGGUGGCCGGCGACGAGUGGCACAAGGAGUGCGAUGCCCGCGAGGAGGCGCUGCGCAAGUCGCUCUGGGCGCGGGUCAACGAGGAGCUCAGGAACGCGGAUGAAAUGGACCUGGCUGCCGUGAGGGUCCUGCAGGCGCGGAUGGCGGCCGAAAUCGCGCAAGAGACGGCGCAGGAAGAGGCAGACAAGGCCCGCCAGGAAAAAAAAGAGAGAGAGGAGAAGGCGAGGAAGAGGCUGGACAGAGAGGCGGCGAGGGGCGAGAGACGCGCCAAGAAGCACAGAGGAGCGGCCGUUGGUGAGCUGGAUAGCGAUGUUGACGAUGAUGAUGACGGCGGAAGCGACGUUGGCUUUCCAAUCAAAUGGUCUUUCGGACCGACUACUCGUCCGUGGACGCGAGAGGAUGCUGCGCGACAAGACAGAAGGGAGAUGGAAGAAAAGAUUGCGCAGGAACGGGAUCUGGAGGAUGAGCGUCGGCGAGAAGAGGAAGCGGAGGCAAAGGAAAAGGAGAGGCUGAAAGAGGAGGUUCAUACCUCACCACCCCCUCGUCGCUGCGUGACCAUGGCGUCUGCGUCCUCACCCGCUGCCACCGCGUACACCCGCGUCGGCGUCCCCGACGGCGGCGGCCCCGGCAGCACGCGGCUCUACGCCCUGCUGUCCUCGUUUGUGCGCGACGCCAGCCUCGCGCCGCGCGUCACCGAGCUCGUCAUUGACCUCGCCGGCAAGGGCACCCCCUACGGUCACCGCCCGGAGGAGUCGCCCGACCUGUCCCACGUCGUGCUGCCCGACGUCCCCGCGGACGACGAGGUGUACGCCGCGCUGCGCCGCCGCAUCCUGGAUCUCGGCAUGGACGAGGCGCGCACCGAGAGGAUGGCGCGCGCGCUGCGGUGGCGUGCGACGGCGGCGCCGGACGCCGGCCGUCGGACGCGCCGCCCGGGGUCCCUGGCGAUGCGGGCAGACGACGACUCGCGCUUCGCGGCGCAGUGGCAGCUCACGGCCGGCGUGCUGCUGCUCUCGUUUUGCGAAAACGUCGACACGCUCUACCUCGGGCCGCUCGAGCACGGCCACCUGCUGCUGCGCGAGUACAUGCUGCGCGCCAACUACGGUCUCCUCCCGCAGCCGCGGCCGCUGCAGAAGCUGCGCCGCGUCGAGGUGCUCACGCACGACCCCAACGGCUGGACGCCGACCGUGGAGCUCGGCGCGCACCUGCAGCUCGUCCACCGCCUCCCGUCCCUGGCCCGCCUCGCCGUCGACAACGCGCAGGUCUACCAGCCCAGCUGGAACCUCGCCGCCGCCCGCGCCAGCAGCAUGACGGAGCUGAGCAUCACGCAUUUCGACAUUGACCACGACUGGGUGGCGCGCGUGCUGCGCGUGCCGCGCGCGCUGCGGAAAUUCACCCUGAGCGUCGGCGGCGUCGCCAACACCGACGGCGGCAUGCCCAUGAUGAGCAAGGCCGUCGUGGGCCGCAGUCUGUGGAAGCACCGCAAGACGCUCACGCACGUCGACGUGGACCUGUCCAUCUUCACGCACGACCCGGACCGCGUCGAGGAGGAGGAGGAUCUGGACCGCGCGCCCUCGGACUGGGAGCUGAGGCUGUACGGCGCCGACUACCUCGGCAUGGACCGCGACCUCGCCGCCGCCGCUUCUUUCCCCAGCAACGACGACGCGCCGCCACCACACAGCGCGUACGGCCACACCAUCGGCUCGUUUCGCGAGUUCCCCGUCCUCGCGCACCUCGCCAUCUCUAUCCGCACGCUCCUCGGCAACAAGCGCAUCCCGCUAGCCAGCGACGACGACGCGUCCGACGCGCCCGCCAGCCCCGAGCCCGCCAACGCGUCGUCGACCCUCGCCGCCAUGCUCCCCGCUAGCCUCGAGUCCCUCACGCUGUACGGCUACGUCCGCGGCGACGAUGCGUCGCUUGACGCGCAGGUCGACGACCUGAUGCGCCGCAAGGGCGGGGCUGCGCUGCCGAAGCUGAGGGACGUGCGAGGCGUGGAGGAGACGGUAGAGGAUAUACAGAUGAUUUUCGGGGACAAGCCCGAGGAAGAGGAGGACCUGUGGCAGGGGCUGAAGAGGGAUCUGAGCUGGAAAAAGGUCAGUGAGGAGGAUAAAAAGGUCCAGGAGGAUGAAGAGGAUGAGGAAGAUGACGAGAAUUAA